GGUUUCUAUUUAUGCACGUUCCUUGUUUUCAAUUGCAUUGCCUAUGUCUGUUGUAUUUUCAUUAAACGCUUGAAAGUGAAUAAGGAUAUACAGGAUAAGGGUAGCGCAUAGCCUAUGAUACAGAAGUGGAGAAGGCGGCAGUGAGCUUUGAGCACAUGCUAACCAACUAAAAUAUUCCUAACGAUUCCCAUGUGUAGGCUAGUAGGCUAUAUACACCGCCACCAGAGUGUAUCACCAGAAAGUGUUUAAAUAAUUCCAAAAUAAUUUAAAUUGAGAUCACACCGUUUUAUCAUAGUUUAUAGACAGAUGGGUUACCUACCACAAUUUUACCAAUGUUCCAGCAUGCACAUGCUGUUGCCCUAGGUAUGGGAUUUCUGAGACUUGUCUUAUCACGGACAAUGUUGGACCGUAAAAUAAGGUCUGGAAUGAAUAGUAGGCAAUUAAAUGUGUCAUUUUCCAACGAUAGCGUUUGACAUAAUGUAGCCUAGGUGUGGUAUGUGUAGCCUAUGGUGUUGUUUAGACGAUUCAUGUCAAUCAGCUGAGCUGCUGCUGCCCAUGCGCGUGUGCUGUCUAUUCGGCGAAACACCGCUUAAUAUUUUCAUUGUGAGCUGCCAAGUGGGAGUUGCGAGCUGCACAAACCGAUUUAACAAAACCACAGAGGACACACUUCAACAAUAAAUAGUCUGUCACAUAGUCCAUGAGUUACCUUCACUGCGUAGCAUGGAUUCUGCCUUCCAGUGAAACUUUCCAGAGAGCCGAAUACAACGAGCCUACAUUUGCGUCCAGCUCACUGGAAUCUGGUGACCAUCCUGCCCCUCUCACACCUCUCAGCCAUGGCCAAGCUGCAGGCCCCCCAGGUGCUCCAGAGCCAGCCAGCAGCCCCAGAUGGUGGGUGGGGCUGGGUGGUGGUGGGGGCCCUGUUUGUGACCUCUGCCCUGGUGUUUGGGAUAAUCCGGAGCAUGGGGGUGUUCUUUGUGGAGUUUGUGCAGUACUUUGGGGAGAGCGCCCAGGCUGUCUCCUGGAUCACAUCCAUAGGGUUGGCCAUGCAGCAGUGUGUCAGUCCAUUUGGCACAGCGUUGUGUAAUGGAUACGGUGCCAGACCUGUUGUGAUGGCAGGAGGUUGUCUCUCUGCACUCGGCUUCAUCCUGGCCUCACAGGCCACCUGCGUCACACACCUCUACCUCACCUUGGGCAUCAUCUCAGGUUCGGGCUGGGCAUUAGUCUUCACUCCUAUGGUGGCGUCAGUGAUGCAGUACUUCACCCGGAAGCGCUCCCUGGCCAUGGCGCUGGGCUUUACGGGCGUGGGCCUCUCGUCCUUCGCCUUCUCACCCCUCUUCCAGCUCUUGGUGGAGAUGUACACCUGGCGGGGGGCCCUUCUCAUCCUGGGGGGCCUCAGCCUCAACAUGGUGGCCUGCGGGGCCCUCAUCAGGCCCCUGGGGACUCACAAGGCUGUAGCUGCGCUGGCCCCAGGUGAGAGUGCCUGGUCCUGCGCCUCCCUCUUCCACCGGGCCUACUCCUACCUGGAGCUUUCCCUCCUCCUCCAGCGGCCCUUCCUCACUUACAGCCUGGCCAUCACCUUCUUCAACUGUGGCUACUUUGUGCCUUACGUCCACCUGGUGGCCCACAGCCGCCACGAGGGCUUCUCCCAGUAUCAGGCUGCCUUCGUCAUCUCAGCCACGGGUGUGACAGACAUCGUGGGCCGUGUGGUGUCCGGCUGGGCCUCGGACCUGGGCCGUCUCCGUCUGCCCCACAUGCUGGUCCUCUGGACGGGCCUGUUGGGCCUCUCCCUCCUCGUGCUGCCCCUGGGCUCCCUGGUGGGGUCCUACCCGGGCCUGCUCAUCACCAGCCUAGCCUAUGGGUUCUGCGCCGGCGCCAUGACUCCCCUGGUGUUCUCGGUGGUGCCGGAGAUCGUGGGCAUGGAGCGGAUGCUGGGCGCCCUGGGGCUGCUACAGAUGAUAGAGAGCAUCGGGGGGCUGCUGGGGUCACCGCUGUCAGGUUUGCUGAAGGACCUGACAGGCAGUUACACGGCCUCCUUCCUGGUCGCUGGUGGUUUUCUCCUGCUGGGUACCAUGGUAAUGACCACUUUGCCUCACUUCUUCUCCUGCCCCGACCAGCGCCCUCUCCAGAGACACGCCUGCAACUACAACAACAAGCAGCAGAACCAGCAGAGCCCUGAGUCUGGCCUCAUGACCAACUCUCUAUCAGAGAAACUCAACCACAUAGAUACCAUACCGUACUCUCAACCGCAACUGGACCGCGACAGCCUCCAGCCGGAACCAGAGGUGUACAUGCCUUUAAACUGAAGCAGAACCGAUAAUGCCACUACUAUAUGCUGAUUGGUUGCGCGGCGUUAGCAGCCAUACCUUACUUAGCCAAUAGGGCGGCUGAAUGCCUAGUUUCUCAGUGGAGUUUCCCCAUUGGUCUGGGGAGUACAUGGUUAAGGUGCACGAGUGCUACAGGUUUAUAUUCCGAAGUCGUGUACAUUUGUGGAGGAGGAAGACACAGACAGCAAGGCAAAAAUACACAUGGGCAGUGUGGGAUGUCUACCGUACACAUCCAACCAGUAUAUGGUGUUACAUAUGACUUGGCAGUGUUAUGACCAUGGCAUUUCACACGCAUAGCUUCUAACCAGAGGAGCCUGGUGGGAGGAUCUAUAGGAGGACGGGCUCAUUGUAAUGGCUGGAAUGGAAUCAAUGGAACGGUAUCAAACACAGCAACCAUAUGGAAACUCCGUUCCAUUGAUUCCAUUCUAGUCAUUACAAUGAGCCCUUCCUCUGAUAGCUCCACUACUCCAUAUGUCAUCAUGACUUUCAGAAUUUGCUCAUGUGAAGUCUUAUUUAGUUUUCUAGCUGUAGAGAAAAGGUCAACAUGGUGGGUGGCAUUCAGUAUAAGAAGUCCUCAGGCAACUCAGCUAGCUAUACAUCACAGACCAUAUCAUGUGACAGACUAGUUCAUGGCAUAUGUCCAACAUUUUUUACCCUUCUCUCUCUCUCCAUCCAAACAGAGCCUUGGGGUAGCCCACAGUAGGCUACCAUAUCACUGCAGGAUCAAAGUAGGUGUACUCACAAGAUCAACCACAUCUGGAUGGCAGAAUGUUUAUUUUGUAAGGAACUUCUAAAAGCUAAACAAGGAACCGUUCACACCAGGGCCACCAUUAGCAUUCAAUAUCUUCAAUGAGAAAGGCUUCUGAUUUGUUAUUUUAAACACAUCAGUCGGUCUCUAUCUGUACCCAUACUAAAUAGGUAGAGGGGAAUCUGGUUUGAGUUCUUUCCCCCACCCAACUCUCUGACUUGUCUAAUCUAGUAGGCUAUGCGUGAGUAAGACUUAAGUAGCACUAAUCCGUUUUCUUUUAAUCAUUCUCUGGAAUUAUAUAUUCACAUGAGUCGUUUGGUGUUCUGUCAAAAAAUGUAUGAUUGUUUUAUGUGUACUUCUCUGACCCCUGGUAUUAUUCAACUAGCUCGAGGCCACAGUCCCAUAGUCAGGCUGCUAUGAGGAUAUGACGAGUUUAAUUCUAAAACGCUAUAUAUCAAUUUUCAGAAAUGUUUGUAAAUUAGCUUUUGUAGUUUAAAGAACUUAAGGAGAUUGGUGUGUUUUUUCACUAUCUAAUCAUGGUACGGGGUUGUUCAAUGACAGACAUGUCAUUGUUUGGAUUCGAUCACUUGAUGGUUUCAUUUCAGAGAUAAAUAAUCAUGUUUUGUUGCAAAACGCUAUAUAUCCGCCUCAUUCUCAGAGGAAUAACUAGUACUGCUAGGUUUAACACAGUCAAAUGUAAUAAAUAAAUAAAAAAUCAUAAAGAACUGCACAAAUGACAUUUGUUACAUCAAUAUAAAAAAAUGAAACAAUAUAGUAAUAUGAGAUCUGUAGGCUGUAAAAUAUUUACAUUUGAGUCAUUUAGCGGACACUCUUAUCCAGAGCGACUUACAUACGUGCAUUCAUCUUAAGAUAGCUAGGUGAGACAAACACAUAUCAGUCAAAUGUACACGAUUUGAGCUAAACAAUGGGUAUAUAGACUUCUGCAAAUAAAGAAAUAAACACUUAAAAUCUAUGAAUUAAAAGUCGGAAAACAUAUUUUACACCCAUGAAGAUACCCAUAAGAAAUAAUUUCUGAUGAAAAAACGUGGGGAAAUGGGUGGAUAUAGCGUUUUUGGAACAAAACUCUUCAUAUAGACAGUCUCUUCCUCAUGUACAAUAAUGUUAUACAAUCAUAUCAUAUUUUGGACUAAACACCAAAGGAACUCCAAAAGAUUGAGCUGAGUGUAGAUGGAAGAACAGCCUCUAUUCGUAGGGCAUGGACCCUACAAGGUGUCGAAAGCAUUCCACAGGGAUGCUGGCCCAUGUUGACUCCAAUGCUUCAGUUGUGUACAGUUGUCAAGUUGGCUGGAUGUCCUUUGGGUGGUGGACAAGGGAUCAUAGCUUUCACUCUACAUCUUGAAAAGAGCACGAGGUGUUUUCCCAAAGCAAGUAUGGAAUAGGCUACCUACUGACAUGUAGUUCACUCACUGGCAGUGUGCUCUCCUAGUUUCCAGAACUUUCUCAGUUCAGUCAAUCAACGCAAUUUUCUGUUUACUGAAUUGUCAAGUGCUCUUGAAAUUGUAUGUAGUUACUCUCAUGAAUUUCUCUUGUUCAUAAUUUAUUUCCAUGGUUUUUUUUUUCAUUAUUUUUUGCAAGGUGAGGGCUAGACAAUUUUGCCCCCAACCCAAAUCUGUUCGUGCUGUCUUGCAACUCCUCUGGUCAUUGUCCCGCCGAACAGUUUGACAGAUCUGGGACCAGGCUAAGACGAUCAUGAUCUGGAUUUGGUUGGCAGAGCACUUCUAGGUAAUCUAAUUGGUCAGUUGAUACUUUUGUCAGUGACUAUGUUUACAUGCACACCAGAGGAGGCUGGUGGGAAGAGCUAUAGGCGUAUGGGCUCGCUGUAAUGGCUGGAAUGGAAUGGUAUCAAACAUGGAAACCACGUUUGACUCCAUUCCAUUUAUACCAUUCCAGCCAUUACUCCUUCCACCAGCCUCCACUGAUGCGCACAGUAUUCCAGAUAAUAGCUCAUAUCCCAUUUAAGGUCUUGUUCAGGAUAUGCUGUUUACAUGCACUUUUGCAAUCCCGCUUAUAAGUAUUUCUGUAUCCAUGAAUAAACAAAAUAUUCCUCAUUUGCCCAGGGACGGCAGGAUGAUUUUUUGACGGAAUUUUCAACAUUAAGUAGGCUAUUUGUUAUUCAACUUGUCUAUAACUAGGGACAUGCAGCUUCUCUUCUGUCAUUACUUGGUGUUGGUGCUCUAGAAUACUAAAUUAAGCCUUGCUCACCAGAAUGUCAUAAAUUGAUAGAAUGAAUGCAUCAGUAAA